AGGACCUUCACGACCACCUGGGACAGAGACUGCCAGGUGUGCUGGAGGACAGAUCACCUGUGAAGACUCAGGUGCAGCGGGAAGCCAUCAGUCUGGCCCUGAAGGACAUACAAAACGCCAUCGCUCAGAGCAAGAAGGUGACCUCGCCCUACUCCCCGGAGCCCCCAUCGGAGCCCGUGUGGGUGAUGCGGGAACCCACGCCGACCCCCGAGGACGACAAGACACCGGACACGGACGAGGAGAUUGAGCGAGCGUUCCGAGAGGCUCAGAUCCAGCGAGAGCGCCAGGCGCGGGAGAGACUGGAGCGGGGCGUGGAAGAGCCGGUACCGCCCAGAAGACCCAACCGGUCCGAUCUCAAUGCACCUGUGGAACCCAAGACCAUGAGGCAGUCCUCCAGAGGGUACCACAACGAGGGUCCACAGGAAGUGGAGGACCUGAUUGAUGGGAUCACCUUCGCGGCCCGGUACCUGGGCUCCACCCAGAUCUGGUCCGACCGGAACCCCUCCAAGAACGUGCGCAUGCUACAGGCUCAGGAGGCCGUCAGCAGGAUCAAGGGUCACAGGGAACAUCGAAAGAGUCCGACGACGCGUUUCAAGAGCACGUGGUCGCACGGGAUGUACCAAAGCCUGGAUGUGGAGGUUCCAGAAGACGAAACCCAGCCCAGUACAGAGAUCGACCUGUCCGUGUCCACAGAGAAGAUUCAGGUUAUCAAUGCCACGUCACAGGAGGUGAUGAUGGACCAUGCGCUUCGCACCAUCUCCUACAUCGCCGACAUCGGCACGAUUCUCGUCAUCAUGGCGCGGCGACGCCCCCCGCGACCCCAGCACGAACCCGGCACAGAGGUCACCGCGGGUCACCGAGAUAAGAAGCAGCACAAGAUCAUAUGUCACGUCUUCGAGGCGGAGGAGGCCCAGCUGAUUGCCCAGUCCAUUGGCCAAUGCUUCCAGGUGGCGUAUCAGGAGUUCCUGAGAGCCAAUGGCAUCACGGAGGACCACCUGAGUCAGAUGGACUAUCAGGAGAUCCUCAACUCUCAGGAGAUCUUCCACGAGGACCUCGAGGUCUUCAGUAACUCCGAAAACGCAAAAGAGGUUGUUAUAGACAAACCCAAAGGCGAGAUCAUGGGCCUGGUGAUAGUGGAGUCAGGGUGGGGGUCCAUCCUCCCCACAGUCAUCAUCGCUAACAUGAUGCACGGGGGGCCCGCUGAGAGGUCGGGCAAACUCAACAUCGGAGACCAGCUCAUGACCAUCAACGACACAAGCCUGGUGGGGCUGCCUCUACACACGUGUCAGGGCAUCAUCAAGGGUCUGAAGAAUCAUGGAAAAGUGCGACUGAACAUCGUCCAGUGUCCACCAGUCACAACAGUCCUGGUCAAGAGACCGGACAUCAAGUACCAGCUAGGGUUUAGUGUUCAAAAUGGCAUCAUCUGUAGUUUAAUGAGAGGGGGCAUCGCUGAGAGGGGCGGAGUCCGGGUGGGGCACCGCAUCAUCGAGAUCAACGGGCAGAGCGUGGUUGCCACGGCGCACGAGAAGAUUGUGUCCAUGCUCGCCAACUCAGUAGGGGAGAUCCACAUGAAGACAAUGCCACAGUCCAUGUACAGAUUACUCACAGGACAGGAGCAGCCCAUCUAUAUCUAGCACCACGACCUCGUCAGGUCAUUUGUAGUACAAUUUAGAGUCUCGCGAUUGUGCAGCGCUGCCUCCUACUGUGCAGUACAAGAACUGCAGACACCAGAAGCAGGCUGUAUUGCUGCCCCCCCUCCCCCCUUCAAAUGGAUGUUUGUAGUACGAUCCACAGAUACAUCAACAGUUGGUUGGUGUGUAAUACAUCAUGGCAAAUGCUGUUUGUACCAAAAACUCCAGUUACAAGUCUCAGCAUGCCGUGCACUGUGUAAUAACGCCAUCUAUCAUGAUGUAUAUGAACUACAAGCCAGAUACUCCAGACCAGGAUCACCAAUGAUGUUAAUAUAAACUUCCUUGGGAUUACAAAAUGUUUUAAACCUUGGUAGGUAGAAGCAUUCUGAAGAAGGGGUUUGGAGGAAGACAUGAUGCUUUGUAGAGAAGGGAUGAUUUUAAGAUUGGUUGUAAGAAACUUAUUUGCCCUUGUCUGAAGUUGAAACAGUGUACUGUAUUCUGAAGCAAAGUUGAGCAGUAAUUUCCACACAAAAAAUUGGACUUACCCAAAAUUUUGCUUCAGAACGAUUUCUACGAACACAGAUGAACUGUCAAGCCAAGACUGAAACAAAAUAGACUGUUUUAGUCCCCUCAAAGCCUUCUGUGUUUUGCAGUCAUAAAAUGUGGAGCUACUAGAAUAUCUGUUCAAGUGUGAAACUAAGUUUAUUUAAGGGCAAAAAAAGUGGAGUUGAAGAGUUACAGAGAGUGCUGUUUUUAACACUAAUGUUGUACAUGUAUAUGAGAAUGUUGUAAUGUCGGUGCGUAGCUGUGCGAGACUGUGCAUAGUUACCCUGUAAUGUUUAACCACAGCAGAAGAGACAAGCUGAGGCCGUCACGUUGUACAAAGUCAUAGCAGAUAUGCCAGCAUAAUCUGUGUAUUUGCUCUGGAAUAGGACGGACUAUUGUCUUGUUUUUAUUAUCAUAUCAAUCAAAGAAAACAUGAUUGUUGCAAAAGUCAGCCAGCUGCCUGUCAUGAAAAGAUACACGUAGGUAAAGUACCAUUGAUGUGUUAUUUGUAUAUUUAGGUUCUUACUGACAAAAAUGUACAGUCAAAGCUGCCCAAGAAGACCACUCAGCGGACCAAUACAAUCUGGUUAAUUCUUGUGUCAAUAGGAAUAAUAUCUUAGGGACCACUGAAGUGGUCACACUGGCCAGGUUGUUCUAAUGUAGAGGUGGUCACUUGUGCAGGUUUGACUGUAGCCCUAGUUGUAACAGCCAUACUACUCACACGGCUAUAACUUUUAUGAAAAUGCAACCCCAGUGCAAUUGAGUUACUUGUAGUAAGUUGUGUUCAUGUCACUCAAGGAACAAGAAGUUGAUUUUUAAAAGAACCAAAACCGAACAGAACAACAGCUUGCUUUGAGAAAUAAGUAUCCAACAACUUGCUUGCUUUACAUGGCUUGCUAAUAACGACUUUUUGACCAAAAACAAUUUUAAACGAUUUUAAAUCCACCAUGCUAGACAGUUACAGACUUGUGCAAAGUACAGUUUGGGGAGUGAUUAUUUUGCAU